UCUCCACAGAAUAUGAGGAUAAGAGUGUGUCUCCAUCCAGAAGACGGAUGCCAUAACCCUUCCAUUUUGACCUAGUGGCACGUCCAUACUCAAUAAGUAGGGGUGGCCAAGGACUGGCAAAGAACCAGUGCACAACAAAAAGCAUACCUGUACAGAGGAUGUAACCAUGACGAUAUUAACUUCAUUAAUUUAUUUGCCUGAUUUAGUACGGGUAUCUCAGGAUUGCCAAUCAUAUGUUGUGCCAUCCCAGGCACGCAGCUGGUCAGACUGGGGCAUAGCCCAUGGGGGGGGGGGGUUGGUUCUGGCUGGUUUUAUCGUGAAGGACUGAACGAAUUUGCUUGGCACAUCUCGUCUUGCAUGCCUUACAGAAGUGAAGCUAAGUAGUCUAAACCAGUGUCCAGAUUAGGCGGCGGGGCUAAGAAUGUCUCUCAUCGUGAUGCCUUUAAGUGGUUUAACCUAUGGGAGCAGAGAGUUGCCCCUCUGAGCAGUGGGACUCCUGGAAGGGACUGGGAGCCAAGAGUAGCGGUAGAGUGAUGCAGCACACCAGUUUCAUGCCAAUGCUUGUAAUCCAGUCCAUCAUAGUCAUUAUGGACGGGACUCUUAAUUAAUCAGAACUAUUCCUUUUGUUAGUUGCCCAUGACGUGGGUUAUGAUUCCCCAUAGUCCCACAGACCCCACUACCAGGAAUUAAGCCAAAAAUAUAUAUUUUAUGGGGAUUUGAACUAGCAAUCUACAGGUCAUUAAUGUGUUUCUAGAGUUGGUGGAUCUCCGCUGUUUGCUUUCUGCUACACGCCUGUUUUUCGGAGUGAGUUUGGAAAUAAAUAAAUGCACGUGCAUGGAACCCAUCCAGGAUUAGCGACAGCUGACUAUUUAAAGGAGGCACAGCGGCAGUGUUUGGACCGCAGUCUCAAGAGACCAAUGCAGCACUGCAGCAUGCAGCAAAUAUACAUGCAGAGUGAUGAGCAGUUUGAGGUCUUUACCACAGUGUUCUCUCCCAAAGUUGGCAGAUCAAGGGUGAGACUCCGACCUGCAGAUGAAGAUAAGGCGAGUACAGUGGUGGUGACCAUUCACAAUAGGGCCCAAGGUCCAGAAGAACUGGACCUGAGCCAAGGUGAUGUCAUCCAGGUUUUGGUCAAAGAGGACAAAACGUGGUGGUUUGGACGUCUACCCAACGGAAACGAGGGCUACUUCCCAUCAGCCUGUGUCGCCACAUGUGGGCCGGACGGGGAAUCAGGGGAAGCCACGCCCACCCUCUUAAGGAGAGCCUCUGUGCCUGUUGUUAUGGCAACCCCGGCGUCCUGUAACCUUCCCGGUGAGGGCAAUGGGCUUGGAACGCCGAAGCUGUCCAGGAAGAACAGCAUUCGGCGUGCCCUGGCACUUGACAGCCCUUCCAUGAAGGGAGGUGGUGUUCUUCAGGGAUCCCCCAGCCUCAUCCACCGUGUCCUGGCUAAAUCCAGGAGGAAGAGCUGCCCUCACCUCCCACCAGUCUCCGCAAAGCCGGGCUCCAUCAACUCAGCUUACCUGCCUGAAUAGGAUGCCUUCAGAGAAGCAUUUAGACUCAAGCAUUAAGACUCUGAAGCCUCAAGCCCAUUUGACGUUUCAUGAGGACUUGGAAUUUCCUAUUUGAAGCGAACGAAAAAAUAUAUAGGCACGCUGCAUUACAUUCGCUUUCCUUUAACAAAUAUCAGUGUUUCCCCUUUAAUUGUGUUUAUAACACAAUUAAAGUGAGAACCCCUGCCAGGCCAAAAAACAAUAUGUGUAAAAUGUAAUACAUGUCCUAAAUCUCAACGAGUACUAGUGCAUUCAAUUUGUAGGUCUGCGAAAGUAUCCAUCAAUGUACACAUAUGGAAAGUCAGUUUUAUCUAGGGAUGCACCAGUACCCGAUGCUGUGCUCAUGUACUCGUAAAACCUCUCCGAUACAACCACCCGAUGCCACUUUACGCAACGUGAAGUAACGCGAAGUAAGUCCUCAAUUUAGUGAAACAAGGUGCACUGGAGGACUCGGUUUGUGUGGACGUGUGGAGCUCUGUAUGAGAGAAAGUUUUGCUUUUUCUGAAACUCAUUGUGUACCGCGACAGUAUGUUGAUAGUCGAGCUCCGUCUGAGCAGUGAUUUAUUUAAUACCAGCGCCCUAGGGUUAGGAUUCCCGUACAACUAUAAUGUUAUCGCUAGAGUGUGUAGCGCAUUUCAUAUACAACAUCGUUGGAUAUGGAAAAACGUUAUAACGCUUAAACACGACGAUGAUACAAAAAGAAUAAUCAUAAAGUUGCCGUUGGGCGUAACCAUGGUGAUAACACGCCAUGCGUGCAACUGUAAUGGUAUUAUUAAGUACUCACGCAGGUACUUGGUAUUGGCGAGUACCCAAAUGUAAGUGGAAUCAGUGCAUCCCUAGUUGUAGUCCGUUGAACCUGUGUUAUAUACAGUCUAUGUGCAAGGCCGGAUUAACCAUUAGGGCAACUGGGCACUUGCCCAGGGCCCGUGACAUGAAAGGGGCC